AUGUUGAUCACAGGAAUCGCUCACGUAAAUCUUACGGUGCUACCCGGCACUCUUCACUUGUCCAAAAAGUUCUACGACGAAGUAUUAGGCUUCACCUCGGUUCCAGUACCGGUCUUGCAGAAAGAUCAUCUUGCUUGGUUCGAUAUUACCCCCCAAGGCCAACAGAUCCACAUCUCGGAUUCCGCAUCCCCUUCGGAGCCAAAGUCUUCUCGUCAUCCAUGUUUCAAAGUCGCGAGUCCAGAGGCUUUGAUAGAGCUGCAGAAGAGAAUUUGGAAGUUUUAUGAGAGUGAGGAGGCUGGAGAGGCGAGACCAAGAGAGGCUGAUAAGCCCGGUGAGGUUGAUAGUGGAGCCAAAGGACUGGAAUACCCUGUCAGGUUCUUUGCUAGGGAUUUUGCCGGAAACAGGCUGGAAUUUAGUUCGUGA